GUUAUCAACACUCGACAGUUAUCAUCGACCACUCCGCAGCCCGCAAUCGUUUUCUGACUUUCAAACUAUUCACCAGCAGCUCACCUCACGCUUUACGGGCAGUAUCUGCAGAUCCGUACGCCGAAGACGUUUGUUGACGCGCACUUCCGCCAUCGCUCUUAACCCGAUCCUUUCUCAGGAACACGCACCAUGUCUUUUGACGAAGCAGUUGAUAAAGUGAAGAACUUGAAACAAACUCCCAGUGAUAACCAUUUGUUGGAACUCUAUGCAUACUUUAAACAAGCAACGGUUGGUGAUAUAAACACAGCCAAACCUGGGUUUUUGGACUUCAAAGGAAAAGCCAAAUGGGAAGCAUGGAAUUCAAAGAAAGGCAUAAGCUCUGACGAAGCUAAAACAAAAUAUAUUGAAAUUGUCGAUAAGCUUGUUGAAGAAAUCGGCCUCAACGCUUAAACCAUAUGGCUAAUUUAAUGGUCAUUAAUCACAAACAUGCAACACACAAAUAUCUACUCAUAAAUUCUACUUAAUCUAUUUAAUUUAAUAAAAUUUGUGAUAAUGAUUACAAAUCUCACUAUAUUAUAUAUAAUAAAAUGACCAAGUUGUUUGGUUGCAUUUUAAAGUGUGCCUCUAAGUCACGCAGAAAGACUAUUAUUGACUUUUAUGAUCAACUUUGUUAAUUUACAUCACAGUUAAAUUAUUGUUAAUUUAUCUUCUUAAAUACUUAAAUAUAGAUCAAUAUUUAUUCAUUUACAUUUCAUUGGGAAUAAGUAACUACAAAAUAAAAACCAUUUUUGAUGAUAUAUUGUUUUCGUCAGUGGUUUAUGAUUUACUUAUGUAUUUUUUUUUUUUUUUUAAGAAUUGUGCCUUAAAUUAAAAUAUUAGUUUUUAUGAAUUAAGUGAUGUGUCUUUUUUAUUUUUUCCAAAUUGUUAUAUUAUAGUAUACCUUAUUAUUAAGAUCUGGAUUUUUAAUCUCCGAGUAACUUAAAAUAAUGUACAUGUAA